AUGUCUUCCCCAAUUCGCACAACAGUUCUCAUCUCCGGGAACGGCUCAAACCUCCAAGCCGUAAUCGACCAAAUCGCCGCCGGCACUCUAAACGCCAAUAUCAUUCGCGUCCUCUCCAACCGCAAAGAUGCCUUCGGUCUCGAGCGCGCGCGCAAAGCCAACAUCCCUACAGAAUAUCAUAACCUUGUUAAGUACAAGAAGCAGCAUCCCGCUACGACGGAGGGUGUCCAGGCUGCGCGUGAGGAGUACGACGCUGAGUUAGCACGGUUGAUCAUCGCUGAUCAACCGGAGCUGGUUGUGCGGAUUAUCAACUUGCACCCUGCGUUGCCAGGUGCUUUCAAUGGUGUGAAUGCGAUUGAGCGUGCUCAUGCCGCGUGGAUGGAAGGCAAGAUCGACAAGACCGGCGUCAUGAUCCACGACGUCAUUUCCGAAGUGGACAUGGGAACUCCAAUCCUUGUCCGUGAGAUUCCGUUCCAAAAAGGAAAAGACGAGGAUCUCGAGGCAUUUGAGAAGCGGGUUCAUGAAACAGAAUGGGGUACCGUCAUCGAGGGUGUGGCCAUGCGCGAACAACCUAAGACCAUCACUGGACGAGGCUUACUCGCCACUAAAGGCGGCCCCCUCGUCGAUGAUGUAGAUCAUCGGCCUGUUGACGAUUUUAUGACUAUCUAA